CUCAGCACCGGGAUGCUGUUGCAGCUCUGAGAACAAGGGCUGCAUGGGAAGAUUUGUCAUUGACACAUGGAGUGUGAGAGGGGAAUACAAAUGACAGGGAUGUCAGAUUGUCAUCAUCAAGGAGGAACAGAUAUGUGAUAAGGGACUCUUAGACGGCGUAGAGAUGUAUGCCUUCUACUCCCUUUUAGUCUACAUCUUCUACACUGUCUUCAAGAAGGAGGAGGAGGAAGCCUUGGAGGGGGCGUAUGGAUCUUCCUCAGACGAGCCAGGAGCUGUUUCCAUGGAAACAGGGAGCAGGAGGAAAGAUGGCCACACCUCCAAAAUGGGAAAAAAGCCUUGUGUUCAGCUUAGUGAAUCCAGCAGCAGCAGUGACAGUGAUGAAAUGUGUCUGAGUGAUGAAGGUGAGGAAAAUGGCCCUGACAUCCCAGCAUGCACUCCUCUGGCUGCGUUUCUGUCCUUCAAGCAGGAGGCUGAGAAGAGGAGGGCCUCACAAGUUCAAUUGGAAACAACAGGAAAGUUGACAGAGUCUCCCCUGGUGGCGGUGAUGUCCCACUUGCUAAGUUUUCUGGAGCAGUACUCCCACUUCCAGCAGCUGCAGCAGCAGGCCGACCAGUACCGGGUCCAGCUGAAGAGGCACCGCGUUCAGCACCGCCGCCAGAUGAAGGCCCUGCGAGCGUCCUACCGCCAGCGCCUCAGGGAUAAGAACAGCAUCAUCAGCAGCCUGGAGGAGGCCAUCAGCCAGCAGCAGAGCCCCAGUCCACUCAGUGAGGGUGAGUCCAGCAAUGAUGCAGGGACACAAGCUGGUGUUCAUAGGCUGGUUGAGUCUUUGUACAGUCUGCAGGGUGAGAGGAGUAAGCUGAGAGGAGAACUCCGUCUGCUGCAAUCACAGCUGGAGCAAAAGGAAAAGGACCGACACUCCCGUAUACAGGCCUUUCAACAGCAGAUUGAUGAGCUCAAGAGUUGCAUAGAGGAGCGUGAGGAGGAGCUGUCCAGACUGAGAACCGCCACUGGGGCCACAGACUCAGAGAAGAGGGUUUUGAGUCUGUCAGCAGAGAACGAGACUCUGAAGCAGAACCUGAGCGUUACACAAGGCCUCCUGCAGCAGCUGUCAGCCAUCCCCUCUCAGUCCAGCACCAUGCUCAUCAAGGAGAAUGAAAACCUCCGCAGCAGAGUGCAGCAGCUGGAGAUGUCCCUACAACAUCGUGCUGAGCAGCUGUCACAAAUGGAGCGACAGAACGAACAAAGUGAGUGGAGGAGAGGGGAGGAGCUGAGGAAACGAGAGGACCGAGUGAGGGAGCUGCAGCUGGAGCUGGACAGAGAGAAAGGCAAGGAGCCAGUGGUAAAGUAUGUCACCCAAACUGUUGAAGUAGAAUCACCGGCCACAUUAAAGCAGCUGACCAAAGCCAGACAGAGGAAUGAACUGCUGUCUGAUAAACUGUCCAAUCAGAAUGAGCGGUGCAAACAGCUGGAGGAACAAAUCAGGAAGUCCGAUGAACACAGCUGUAAUCUGCAGCACAAGAUUGCAGCCUACGAGCGAGAGAUCAGUAAACUGAGAGAGGAGCUGCUGAAAGAGAUCGGUCACUUGGAGGAGAGGAAGGAGGAAGCUGUGAAGGCUGCAGCCUCCUGCUCAGCCGAACACUUUCAGAACCUGCAGGACCAGUUCUUCUGCUUGCAGAAGCGUCUGACUGCCCUCCCUCCAACUUUACGCUCCAUGAAGACAGACUACGCCAGUCUGAGGAGCCAAGUUCGAAACUUCUCAGACUUUUACGGAGCAGCUAUCAGUGAAGCAAAAAAACAGAUUUCAGCAGCUAUCAGUGAGAUGUCUGAAGCCAACAAAGAUCUCCUGGAGAAAUACAGGAAGGAGGUUGCACUGCGCAGGAAGUACCACGAGCAGCUGGUGGAGCUUAAAGGAAACAUCCGUGUGCUGUGCCGUGUGAAGCCUGUUCUGAAGGAGGACCAGCAUGAGGAGGGCCAGUCUGUAGUGGUGACGACUGACCCCAACAAUGAGUCCUCCCUCAAUGUGCUGAACAAAGGAAAAGGACGCAUCUUUGAACUGGACAAAGUCUUCCACCCUCAAGCCACACAGGAAGAGGUCUUUCAGGAGAUUGAGCCUCUUGUGACGUCCUGUAUCGAUGGCUACCACGUCUGCAUAUUUGCGUACGGACAAACUGGCUCUGGAAAAACUUACACCAUGGAGGGCAGUGUGGAGAACCCUGGCAUCAACCAGCGAGCCCUGAAGCAUCUCUUCAGUGAGAUUGAGGAGAGGAAGGACAUGUGGUCUUACACAGUCACCGUCAGCUCUGUGGAGAUCUACAAUGAGGUGCUGAGAGACCUGCUGAGUAAGGACGGAGAGAAACUGGACAUUAAGAUCAACCCGGACGGAACAGGACAGCUGCACGUGCCGGGCCUCAGGGUCAUUGAAGUUAAGAGCUUUCAGCAUAUCAAGAAGAUAUUGGCCACAGCUCGAAGGAACAGGAUCACCUUUGGUACACAGAUGAACCAGCACAGCUCCCGCUCCCAUGCUCUGCUCUGCAUCACCGUUCAGGGAACUGACCUCGCCACCGGGUCCAAAACCACCGGCAAGUUGAACCUGGUGGACUUGGCCGGCUCGGAGAGGGUGUGGAAGUCUGGUGCGGAGGGAGAGAGGCUGAAAGAAGCCCAGAAUAUCAACCGCUCCUUGCUGUCACUGGGGGACGUAAUUCAGGCACUGAGAGCCCGGCAGACUCAUAUCCCCUUCAGGAACUCCCGCCUUACCUACUUAUUACAAGACUCCCUCGGCAAAGGCAGCAAGACUGUCAUGGUGGUGCAGGUGUCUGCUCUGGAGAGUAAUGUGGGAGAGACAUUGUGCUCCCUGAAGUUUGCCCAGAGGGUCUGCAAGGUGGAGCUGGGUCCUGCAGCCAGGAAGAUUGAAUCUGGUGGAGGACAGUGCGACUGAAUCAGUCACUUCCUGUUUUCAGUGAUCACCUGGAAGCCAUGAGUGCACCCGUCAGAUUUUAAACCCACCCUACCAGCCACUCAUAAUGCUACAGUAUGAACAAGAAUCAACAGCAAUCCUGCUCAAGGGCUAAAUCAGUGGAGGUCUUUGUGGCACCCAAAUGCCAGCCUUUUGUUAAGGUUUGGUAUUUAGACCUCUGCUUUGCCAUUUUCUGCUUUUGACAAGUAACAACCCUUUGUUAUGAGCUAAUCUGCAUGCAGGAGUAUUUAUUCUUCCACUCUGAGUGCUAAAACACCCUCUGACUCCCCUUUGGUUUAAGAUUUGACGCUUCCUUUAUUAACUACCAAAAUCCAGGAUUUAUCUUAUCAGCUUUUCUCGCUGAUCAUGGCAGUAUUUAGAACAGCAUCAUGUUCAAACAGGUUUCACAGUAUCAGCACUUCCAGUUUGCAGUAUUAAUCAUCUCGCUUUAAAUGUCUGUAGUUUGUGAGCUUCAUCUCUGAUGUUGUAUAUUUUUGAAGAUUGUUGUGUGUAGGAGAAUUUGUUUUGUAGUCAAAGUACGGGCUAUUAACCAUUUAAGUGGCACUUAACAUCACGUUAGUGUAGUUUUCGUGAAUUACAAAAGAGCAGUGACUGAAUGCUUUGUUUCUCGUUAGAGCCUUGAUAUUUGCCUUUUGAGAACAGAGGAAAGCUGAAGGGAGCAGGUGGCCUUGUAUCGAGAGUGGUAAUAUAAUGAAUUGUGCAAUAUCCUCCUCACUGAGGGGGCAGUGUGGGCCUACGUAGAUGGAUCAUGCACUUUAUUGUGAAAGAAUAGGAGCAUUUCAGUUCAGAACAGGUCUUUAAGUGCUUGCAAUAGAUAUCACCAGUGAAUGUCAUACCAAAAACAGCUUAUUGUUAUGUUUGUCAUUGUUCCUCUAUUUAUCACCCAUUGAAUCAAAACUAACUUGAUUCAAUAGUAGCAAGACAUUAAUGUUGCCGUAACUAUCAUGAGUGCAUAGAGGUUACUGAAUUUUCAGA